AUGGAUCCCGUACAACGUCUCAAAGAUCGGAAGCCGAUCCCGAAGCCCGUCCCGGCUUAUCUACCGACUGCCGGCUCGGUGCUCACGGUCGACAAGGAAUUGUACGAAUCCGCUCAGCAGACGCAGCGAGUUUUGAUCGAAGAGUUUACGCUGCCGAUUCGGUCCGGAAGAGCAUGGAAAGCGCCGGCCGGGUCAAUCGUGAGAAUCAGCACACCGGAGGGUCCUCAAGUCGGUGACUUGAACAUUUGGAACGCGCACAACCCCCGCGAACGCUUCUGGGCGAGUCGCACGAAGCAACUCCACGCCAGCCACGUGUCGACGGGCGACCGGCUCUGGUCCAACCUGCCUUACAUGCGACCCCUGGCCACCAUCAUCAAGGACUCUCUGGACUGGUACGGAGAGGACGAGCACGGCGGACGCGUGCACGACCUCCUCGGCACGCGCUGCGACCCGUACAUUAACACGGUUCUGAGCGGCGGUAACUACAACUUUCAGUGCCAUUCGAACUUGACGCGCGCCGUGCUGCCGUACGGGCUGAACGAGCAGGACGUCCAUGAUGUGAUUAAUAUUUUCCAAGUUACGGGGUUGGACGAGCAGGGACGGUACUUUAUGAACCCCUGCCCGGCGCAGCCUGGGGAUCACAUUGAGUUUUUGGCUGAGCAGGAUCUUUUGAUGGCUUUGAGUACUUGCCCUGGUGGUGACCUCUCACUUUGGGGCUUCGGCGAGGACAGCGAGGAGGAGAUGAUCAAAUGCUGUCGUCCGCUAAAGGUGGAGGUAUUCCGCCUGGAGGACGAGGGCUUUUUGCAGCGCGGUGGUUGGAAGCCAGCCAAGGUUUCAAAGUAUAACGGACGUCACGGUAUGAAUGUUCCUUUGGGAGAAGUCCGCAACUGA